AUGUCGCAACUCCUCAUCGCUUUCGCGCCCGCUCACGCAAAGCACCCUCCGUCCACUCGCCCCUCGAUGAGCCAUCAUGACCGUUCGGCGGCAACGGCCACCGCCAAACCCGCCGGGGCGACCAGCUCCAACACUUCGGCGGCUGCUCGCGUGCCCGCCGGCAUGAAGAAGAUCUCGAGGCUGUUCGCCUUUACGCGCCUCGGCCGCGGCCGCCCCGACAGCGCAAACGGCCACCACCCCGAAUGGGAUUCGGCUUCUACCCGUGAGAGCUCACCAGAUGUUCACCAGCUCACGUCGCGACGGCGCCGCGCGGACCCAGAGGCGAGGAAGCCUGCCAGGAACGGUCUGAGCCUCCUCGUUGCUGACGACGACCACCCGCCCUGCUCCAUCUGCGCCACCAUCGAUUUCCCCUGCUUGCUAAACUGGCGGCCCGGCCAGCCGCGACCCUGGAUCCCGCUGGCUCACACACUCGCAGAGUUGUCCGCAUGCCCUUACUGCAUCUUCUUUCAGGCCCUGGUGGGUGCUGAGCCGGAUUUGACGCGCAAGUUUACACCCUACUUGCGCAUUCGACAGGCAUUUGAGCGUCUCGGUGUUGGAGAGAAGCAUGAGCUUGGAGGCGCCGUGUUGUUCGAAGUGACCACCAAGAGCAAGACCCUACCAUGGGGCUAUAUCGUUCGCGUCGUCGAGGGGAACGACGACGUCGCCGGGUACAGAGAGGCCACUCCCGCGAUUCGAGGCCGUCUCAUCCCGCCCAAGCUUGACCCCGCGCUGCCCCGGACCUGGGUUGACUUUUGCUUGACGAAUCACUCCCACACGAUAUGCGGUUCCCGAGGGCCACCGAUCCGAGGCCUGAAGCUGAUUGACUGUCGCGAGGAGGAAGUGGUGUUUGUGGACGACCUCAAUGUCCCGACGAUUGAGUAUGUCACGCUGAGCUAUGUACGGGGCAGCCCUUCCGAGAUUGAGUCAGACCAACUCAGCGGUUUGCCUGAGGUGCUGCCUCCAUUGGUAGCCGACGCCAUGUCCGUAACGAGGUCUCUUGGGUACAGGUAUCUCUGGAUCGAUCGGUACUGCUUCCCUCAGUAUAACGCCGCGGAGCGACGGCGGCAGUUGGACAAGAUGGGCGAGAUCUACUCCCGUUCUACUCUCACCCUCAUUGUUGCGGCGGGCGAGGGCAUCAACGACGGUAUUCCUGGUAUCAGCGUCCCACGCGAGGAGCAAUUGUCGCUUCAGACCGAGGCUGGAUACUUUACUACUUCGCUCAUCAGGCCCGAUGCUGAAGUAGCAAACUCCAAAUGGGCUUCUCGCGGCUGGACAUAUCAGGAGGGUCUGCUAUCCCGUCGCCGCCUCGUCUUUACUCCUUCACAGAUUUACUACCAGUGCCAAUCCCUCCACUGUCACGAAACCAUCUCUUAUCCUCUCAAGACGAAGCCCGCUCUCAACCUGGGUCGUGUAUUUCCUCUCGACGGCGCAGGCACUCGUACACGCGAUUACAAGAACCAGGUCAACGGGUACCUCAACCGAGAAUUCACAUAUCCGGAUGACCGCCUCGAUGCCUUCAGGGGUGUCCUGGAUCAAUACGCCCACAUGGAUCCUCCCAUGGACAACAUCCUCGGCCUACCCCUCUACCACGCCAAGGACUUCAAAAACAUGUCCUCCCCACCCACCCGAACAGAUCGUCUUGCAAUUGGCCUUGGCUGGCGACUGGAUCCCGCAGGCGACACUGAGGUAUCAACACACCCUAUGUGUCUCCAAGGUCCAUUCCCCUCUUGGACUUGGCUGGGUUGGAAGAUUCGUCCCGAGUAUACCGGUUACGGCCCCUAUUUCAACCUCUAUCAGGUUGGCGACGACACACCUCUCAUCGACAACAUCUCUGCUGUGCCUCGGAUGACCAUCUCGGUUGGUUUCAAGGACGACAGAGUCCUUUCUUGGGAGCAACACGCCGACGCCAUCACUGCACGCGCAACACCAAUCUCUUUCCUCCGCCUCAAGACCUACUGCUUCACCAUCCGCUUCACCGUCCGACCCCCCACCGCUGACUCGGCCUCCUCCUCCUCAUCCACCUCGAACGUCACCAUCACCUCUCCAGACCUCCGCGAUACCCUCCGACCUUCCCUUGCCGCCAUGCUCCUCCGUGCCGGCUCAGAUGCUGAGACCCCACCCGGUGAGCACGAGCUCAUCGGCGCCUUCAUCUCGGGCCGGGACUGGGUGAUCGAUGAGACGUACGAGUCGGCAAACCUUCUCAUCUGCGGCCGCCGCAACUGGGAACCCGAUGGCGAGCUUGUCCGCCUCGGUACCAUGGAGCUCGGCGUUGGCGGCCUGAUGGGCGUCGACGAGGACACGGCUGUCGUCAAGGGAGCCUUGAACGAGGAGAGGAGACUGGAUGUUGAGCUGAGGGAACUCGACAUCUACUAA